GCUUGACAAUCACCUCCCACCUGAUCGUAUCAUUGCACAUGCAAAUCGUUUCCUACCGAGAUACCGGAAUAAUUCCGAGUGAUGGACUGAUUGACACUCUGUACAUGCAUGCAUCGGCUCUCUUACCCCGCUUGACUGAUUCGUAAUUCUCUCAGUGCUUCGCCAGCAUCUAACAGCUUUUUUUUUUUUGAAUGACGCUAAAUAUAUACGCUCGUCAGUCAUUAUGUCAUACUCUUUGCAAGGUCGAAAUGCCCUUAUCACGGCGGGUUCCCGAGGACUGGGAGCUCUCGUAGCCCAGAAAUUCGCAUCUGAGGGUUGCAAUGUCGCCAUCAAUUAUGUCUCGAAUAAAGAAGCAGCCGAGAAGGUCGCAUCUGAAAUCCAGGCCCAAUAUAAUGUGAAGACAGCCAUCAUUCAGGGUGACGCAGGUCUCCAAAGCGACUGUACCAACACAGUUAAGGCUGCAAUCGAGCAAUUGGGUGGCCUAGAUAUUCUAGUUUCGAACGCGGGUUGGACCAGAAUGACUCUAUUCGCCGACUUGAAUGCAACGAACGAAGAGGAUUGGGACAAGUGUUGGUCCGUCAACGUCAAGAGCAACUUGCAUCUUUUCAAAGAAGCCUUGCCGACGUUUAACGCAAACCCCGAAGGUGGUGUUUUCCUUCUUACUUCGUCCACAGCGGCAGUUACACCGUCGGGGAGUAGCAUGCCAUAUUCCGUGACAAAGGCUGCAGGACUGCAUCUCAUGAAGUGUCUCGCGCAAACACAGGGCAACAAAGUUCGUGUCAAUGCUGUCCUGCCAGGUCUCCUGCUCACUGAAUGGGGCCAACGGUUUCCCGCCGAAAAAGUCCAGCUCUACAAGGAUAUGGCCGUUCUCAACAAAGUGCCCGAGGUGGAGGACACAGCUAAUGCAUAUGUAAUGCUGGCCAAAAACUCGUCCAUGACAGGCCAGUCGAUACAAAUCGAUUCCGGUUUUGCAAUUAGGUAAACGUCGAUUGAUUGUGUUUUAUCUGUGGCAGAUGCUCUUGAUUACUGCCGUGGUGCUCAGUACAUUUAACACGAUU